GCCACGGCCUCUUUCCUCUGGAGCUCGUUAGCUCGCUGCUACAGACGGGCUGUCGAGAAAUCGAUCCCAACCAGUCCGUUCACUCUUAUUUGUGUCGUUUUUCCAGGAGUGUGUCAGACACCAUGUCUAUGUAUCAGGUAAAGCCCGUCUGUGGGGGAGACAUGAAGGUCGAUUUGCCGACGUGCAUGUACACGUUACCGAAUGUCCACGCGCAGCAAGGGGGCGGAUGCGGCGACCACGCGCUCCAGAAUGGGGAGGUGGAUCCUGCUCUUAAAGCGCUGGAAGCUCGUCAGGAUGAGAUCAUGCGUAAGCUGUAUGAGCUGAAAGCAGCAGUGGACGGCCUGGCCAAGACAGUAACUACUCCGGACGCUGACCUGGACGCCACAACCCUGUCACAGAGUCCUGCAGCCGCUGCCUUCACGGGCACGGCUGAUCUGGACUCCCUUCUCGGCAAGGAUCUGGGUGCGCUGAGGGACAUCGUGAUCAAUGCCAACCCGGCUAGUCCGCCACUCUCGCUGCUGGUGCUGCAUGGGCUCCUGUGCCAGCGCUACCGCGUACUCUCCUCGGUGCACGUGCACUCGUCCGUCUCUAGCGUGCCACCGCAACUGCUCUCCUGCCUGGGGCCUCGCCACACUGAGAGUUACACUCGCCAUCGCUUCCAGCUGGGCUUCACACUAAUUUGGAAAGAUGUGCCAAAACUUCAGAUGAAGUUCAACACCCAGAGCAUGUGCUCCAUCGAGGGUGAGGCCAACGUGGCCCGCUUCCUGUUCCGCUUGCUGGCUGCCGAUCCCCAGGACGCAGUCACUGCCACACAGGUCGACUCCUGGGUGGACAUGGCCAUGUUCCAGCUGGCCGAGGGGGGCAGUAAGGAGCAGGCGGCCGUACUGCGCUCGCUUAACAGCGCCCUAGGCCGCUCGCCCUGGUUGCUGGGUCAGGAGCUCACACUGGCUGACAUUGUCUGCGCGUGCUGCCUCCUCCGGGCCGGCCAGGCCGCGUCCCCCCCGGCCAAUGUCCACCGCUGGCUGCAGUCCUGCCGUAACCUGGGCCACUUUGACUGUGUGUACCCUCUUCUGCAGUGAGGAGAGCAGCGGGAGGCUAAAAAGGGGGUUUUGGGCUUAGUAACAGAAAAUGAGAAGAUGUUUAUCCAUGCCAGUAAGCUAAAUGAAUUACAGAGAAGUGCGUUAAGAUAUUAUUGUGCACAGAGUUGCAGAUGAGUUACAGAGGGCCCUAGUGAUGGGGAUCAAAUCAGCAGGGAUGUCAUCUCACUGCAGUUAGACCCAAAUGAAAAAAGCCAAUGCAGAAGGUCCUAACAGACCUAAGUUGAAUAUGCACAUGAAUAUGCAGAUGCUCUGAUCAGAAUAAUGCUUAAAUUACGUCGUAUUGAUGAGGAUUGUAAUGCACUCAGAGCAAAGAGCGGACCUUUAGACUAUAGCUGAUGCUGGGUACCGAUGCUGCAAACAUGUCUCCCCCCCACCUUGUGCCUAACAUGAUGCUGUGCUGUGUGUAAAAUGUUAACACUGAACAUUACUUGGGUUCCUAAGUGAAGCAGUUCAAAUGUGAAGCAGUGGACCUACUGGUAUUGUUAUGAGAAGUGUGAGAGAUACUUUGUAGCGUCUUUUUCAUAAAGACUAUUAAAAUUUUCACGUUGGGUCAAACUUUG